AAAAACAAUAAACUACAACAACAAACGAAAAUAAGAAGAAAAAAGAAAGUAAAACAGAGCGACCAUUUUUUGUCAGACAGAAAACAUGCAGGAGAACCAGGUGUUCUGGCUGUAAAACAAGCUCUGCCACAUUCAGACAAAGAAAUACGAAUGUUGUUGGAUGUGUAUGCCUGUAAAUUAUUUCAUCCAAGAGCCACUCUUGACAUUAAUGCUUGAACAGAAGGUCUGAUCAGAACUUUUCAUUUUCAAGUUCUUCAGCUCUCAAGACAAUACCAGAAAAGUAUAAUGCCAGGGUCAGCUAAAUGGAAGAUUGUCCUGUUGGGAAAGACAGGAGCGGGGAAGAGCAGCACAGGCAACACCAUUCUGGGAGAGAACAAGUUCAAGACUUCAUGUCGUGCAAAAUCUGAUACGUCUACAUGUGAGGCUGAAACAGCGACUGUUUAUGGGAGGAAAAUCACUGUGAUUGACACACCAGGGUUGUGUUCAACUGAGUGCACUGAUGAAGAACUAAAACCUGAAAUAGCCAGGUGCAUCAUAGAGUGUGCUCCUGGACCUCACGCCUUUGUCAUAGUGCUGUCUGUGGGGAGGCAGACAGCAGAGGAGAAUAAAGCGGUGGAUGAUAUUCUGAAAAUGUUUGGGGAGGAGGCCCUGAAGUACGCUGUUGUCCUGUUUACCCACGGAGACCAGCUUGAUGGCAAAAUGACCAUCCACGAGUUUGUGGAUGAAAAUGACCACUUGAAAGAUCUUGUCCAAAAGUGUGGAAACCGGUUUCAUGUCAUCGAUAACAAAUACUGGAAGAGUCCCACUGAAGGCCACAGUGAAGUCAGAAGCAAUGCCGCUCAAAUCAAAAAGCUGCUGAACACGAUUGAUCAGAUGGUGGAACAGAACAGAGGAAAGCACUACACCAACGAGAUGCUCCAAGCUGUGCAACAAGCCAUAGAAGAGGAAAUGGCAAAGGGAAAAACCAGAGAACAGGCCAAACAGAGAAUAUGGCGAUGUUUGUUAAACCUGCUAGUAGGGACAGCCGUAGGGGCUGUGUGUGGUGCAUUGCUGGGUCUUGUAAGACGUGUAGCUCCUAUUGUGCGAGCUCUUACAGCACAAACAAUUGAACAACCUCUCACUGUAGCAACCAACAUGCUGACCCAAGCAGCAAGAGAAGAAGCAGUAAAAACCAAAGCACGGUCUGUAAUAACAUCACAGGUAGGGGUGGAAGUGGUAGGUGUAGUUGGAGCAGCAGCCCUUUCUGGUAUGGUAGAGGGGGCAUACAUUGGGGCAGGAGCUGCGAUGGAAGCGGAGACCAUGAGUGAAGCUUCCAAGAGAGCGGCAGCUGCUGUUGAAGACGAAACAAUAGCAGCAGCAAAAUCUAUUUGGAAAUAAAAUAGCCGAUGCAAAAAAGCUCACAUAAAUUGACCAAUUCUUAUUUCUAAUUUUCCAGUACUGUUUAUUACAGGAAAUGGCCAGGAGUCAAUCAACAUUUGUUCUUAAAUAAUUGUUUAAAAAUGAAAGCAUGAAUCACCCCCACGUCCAUUCACAAACACACUUUCUCCAGUUCAGCUAAAACUAGCCAAUACUGAAUGUUAAUAAUGUAUGCGUGUAAUCUUUCACACAAUUGUGCUCCUUGCUAUAGUCAAAUUGUAUUUGAUUCUCUAAAAGCCUAUUUUCUUUUGCUGAACUAAAAGAGUAAAUAACACAUAAUUUAAAUGGUGAUUAAAAUUAUAAGGUUGUCUGCGUAUUGUGAUUUUCGGAAAUUCUGUGGAAUGCUGUGACUGUUCUUGUAAUGAUUUAGUGUUAAUCAGUUUAACCUUCAGGGUCGAAGUUGAACU